GCGGGGAGCUCAGAUCCCAUGGAGGCGGCAGGCUGCAGCUACCAAUUUCGGAUCGCGCUGCUCGGGGACGCGGCAGUGGGCAAGACGUCACUGCUGCGGUGUUACGUGGCGGGCGCGCGGGGGGCAGCGGAGCUGGAUCCCGAACCCACUGUGGGCGUGGAGUUCUACAGCCGCGCGCUGCGGCUGCCCGCUGGGCUGCGGGUCAAGCUGCAGCUCUGGGACACCGCAGGCCAAGAGCGCUUCAGGUGCAUCACCAGAUCCUUCUACCGGAACAUGGUGGGCGUCCUGUUGGUCUUUGAUGUGACGAACAGAGAGUCCUUUGAACACAUCCAAGCCUGGCACCAGGAGGUCAUAUCCACUCAUGGCUCUGACAAGGUGAUCUUCUUACUGGUUGGCCACAAGUGCGACCUGAGCACCCGAUGUGUCUCCACUCAGGAGGCGGAGGAACUUGCUGCCUCCCUGGGCAUGGCCUUUGUGGAGACCUCAGCCAAAAGUAACUGCAAUGUGGACCUGGCCUUUGACACUGUCACCAGCGCCAUCGAACAGGCCCUGCAGCAGGGGGACAUCAAACUGGAAGAGGACUGGGCAGGUGUCCGGCUCCUCCAUAGAGCCCCAAACCCUAGAUCCUCCAGCAGGAAGCAGGACUCAGGCCCAUGCCAGUGUUGACUCCAGGAGAGAAAGGGUUAACCAGAGCCGUGGUUAACCAGUGGUUCCAGGUGAGAUAGGAGGGCAACAGACAAAAAGACUCCUAGCAGUCUCCUGACAUGUCCCUGCCAUCUAAUUCUUGGAUUUUUCAAGAUUGAACACAGGGUUUAGCUACAGAGAGCCCCAACCCUUUUCUAUUUUCAGAGUGGAUCUUGAUAAAUUGCCCAGGCUGGCCUUGAACUAGUAACCUUCUUGAGUGAUUGAGAUUACAGAAGUGUACCACUAGGCCAGAACCUCUCCUGGGUUUUUAGUUCUCAGCACAACUCCUUUCUAGAGGGAGAGUCUAAGAUCAGGUAUGUGACUUAUUGUGACUUGGGGGCACUGGCUGUUCUUCCAGUGCAUCAGGCUACACACAAAGACCAAUAGGGACAGGCUUGCCCCACCACAGCCUGUCUAAUUGACAGGUGAGUGGUAAUAUUCUUCUUCUGGGCUUCUUUCUCGGCUUCCACAAGCUUAUUUCUGGCAGCAUAUCUGGGCUGGAAGACAGAUUCCCAGUAUCUGUCCACUGCUUUGCUGGCAAGGUAGUCUGGGGAA